GAGUUAGAAAACACCCUGGCCUAAGACUCUCCCCUGGCUCCUGGAGUGAAGGGAUCACAUCCUGCUCAGCCUGGCCACCUCGCCCUAGCGACGAAGUCCAAGCUUUCUUCCUGCAGAGAUGCCAGAAGGGCCGUCUGUGAGGAAGUUCCACCAUCUUGUCUCCCCCUUUGUGGGCCAGAAGGUGAUCAAGACAGGCGGCAGCAGUAAGAAGCUGCACCCUGCCACCUUUCAGUCUCUGUGGCUCCAGGAUGCUCAGGUUCAUGGAAAAAGAUUAUUCCUCCGGUUUGAUCCAGAUGAGGAGAUGGAGCCACUCCACAGCAACCCACAGAAUGUACGAGGAACGUGCCAGAAAGAGGGUGUGGACCCAGAGCUGGCCUUGGGUCCCAGUGCUCAGGAAACCUCUGCAGGCCCCUCUGGAUCUGGGGAGCCUGCCACCAGUAGAUCUGAUGGAUCAUAUGAUCUUGGGACAAAGAUCCCUUUAGCAGGUGCCCAGAGGUGGCUCGAGGUCAGGUUUGGUUUGUUUGGCAGUAUCUGGGUGAAUGACUUCUCCAGAGCAAAGAAAGCUAACAAAAAAGGUGACUGGAGAGACCCAGUGCCCAGGCUGGUACUCCAUUUUAGUGGUGGUGGCUUCCUGGCAUUUUAUAAUUGCCAGAUGUCAUGGAGCCCUCCUCCAGUGAUUGUGCCUACCUGUGACAUCUUGUCUGAAAAGUUCCAUCGAGGACAAGCCUUGGAAGCUCUACGCCAGGCUCAGCCUGUGUGCUACACACUACUGGACCAGAGAUACUUCUCAGGAUUAGGGAACAUUAUAAAGAAUGAAGCCUUGUACAGGGCAAGAAUCCAUCCCCUCUCUCUCGGCUCAUUCCUGACUUCUGCCUCUCUGGAGACCCUUGUGGAUCAUGUGGUGGAGUUCAGUAAAGACUGGCUUCAGGACAAAUUCCAAGGCAAGGAACGGCACACACAGAUCUACCAGAAGGAGCGAUGUCCUUCUGGUCACCAGGUCAUGAAGGAGAUGUUUGGGCCCUCAGAUGGGUUCCAGAGGCUCACCUGGUGGUGCCCUCAAUGCCAGCCCCAGCUGUCAUCCAAGGGGCCACAGAACCUACUGUCCUCCUAAAACAUGUGGCCUUUGCCAUGGGACUUGUAGUCUUGGAGAUCCAGAUGCUGUGUGCCCCGAGAGAAGGGUGCAGGCAGGGAUAGUAUGACAGAGCAGGGUGAGGUCAGGAGGGCCAGGAGUGCUCACAUUCAUCUCCUUGGAUUAUGCCUCAGCCGCAGUUUUUCUUUUCAAAUUAAUUCUGUGUAAUCCCACCAUGCUGUCAAAAUCCUGACAGAGGGCUGGGGAAAACUGCCCAGAGCAGCAGUGAGUCUGAAAGGAGCGUGACUGGGGGCAUGCAGCUCUGGGGAACAGCUGGAGGAGACAGCUGGGAAUCGGGGUGGGGGUGGGGAGAGCCGGCAGGGUGAACAGCUGGGGGAUACUAUAUUCCUACGCUAUGUUGCUAGUAGUGUGCUGUGUUUUGAGAACUGGUUGAUUUUGAGGCCCUCCAUUUUCUUCUUUCCCAUGGAGGGAUCAGAGAAAAGGGCAAAACUUCACCGCUGGCCAGCCUACCUGGUGCCCUCCUAGUGGCUAGAGACUCCAGGGUGGACAGGGAGGUAUGACCAGAGACUGAGAAAAGCUAGCUGUUGGUUUACCCCUUAACUUGGGCAUUUGUUGACUGCUGAUGUUUGAAGAAUUUGUGUGUCUGGGGAUGUAAAGAAACAACCCUUCAGGUUGUUAGCCACAGCUUUGUGGAACUGGAGUAGCAAUUGAAAAUAAAACGGUGUGAUAGUUUCUGUUGU